UCAUUGAAUUUCAACCUCCUUAAUGUGUUGUCCCCUUCACCAGCACCACCCUCAUUUAAACACCUCCUAUGUUUGCUCUCUCUUCUCUCUUCUCCACAACACUCCACCAUUUCCCAUUGCUCUAGAAUCUGCUUUUCAUUACCUCUUCAUUGAUUCAACACUAGUUCUUCUCUCCAUUUGAUAGUAACUACCAUGUACUUUACCCCUUAAUUUGGUCCCCUACAAUUUUUUUACCUCUUAUCUGUUUCAUGAAAGUCCUAGCCUAGUCCAACUAGUACACAUGCUAAGGAUUUCCCCGGAAAGUGCCAAUUUCUUUCCCUCAAAACUCUUGCAUUGCUGAGUUUUUGCUUUUAGUAUUCAUGUCUUGUGUUCAUAUUCAAGAUCUCAGAGAACCCAUUUUUCUGCAUCUUCUGUAGCAUCUGAAAGCAUGGAUCUUGUAACCAGAAGAUUCUUGAUCCAACAUGGGUCAUCACAGUCACAAGCUCUUCCACCAAUCACAAGUUCAGGGAGUUCAAUCCUUCACCCUCAUCUUCAUUCUUCUAGCACCAGUUUUCCCAUCAUUGCUAUUGCUAUCAUUGGAAUCAUGGCUACAGCUUUUUUGCUUGUGAGCUACUACAUCUUUGUGAUCAAAUGUUGUCUCAAUUGGCACCGCAUUGAUCUUCUGAGGCGUUUCUCUCCAUCUAGGAGGCGUGAAGAUCUAACUGCAAUGUACUCACCAGGAACAGAACCUCGUGGAUUGGAUGAUGCAGUGAUCCGGUUAAUCCCAUUGAUUCAGUACAGGACAGAAGGGAACAGAGAAGAGAAAACCUUCAGUGAGUGUGCUGUUUGCUUGAAUGAGUUUCAAGAAGAUGAGAGGCUCAGGAUUAUACCAAAUUGCAGCCAUGUAUUUCACAUUGAUUGCAUAGAUGUUUGGCUUCAGAACAAUGCCAAUUGUCCACUUUGCAGAACAAGCAUUUCCUUCACAAACAGAUCCCAGAUUGAUCAGUUUCUCAACCAGAGGCUCUCUGUCUCUCAAGAUCAAACCCCACCAAUUGAAAACCUCAUUAGUGGGGAUGAGAAUUUUGUUGUGAUUGAAUUGGGUAAUGAUCAUAACAGAGGCCAAAAUUUGCAGAGAAGAGAAGAAAGAGAGUUACCAGCAUGUCCUAUUAGUCCUUUACCAAGGAAAUUGGAGCAUAGAAAUGUGGAAAAGAAACCAAGGAAGCUCCAUAAAGUUACAAGCAUGGGGGAUGAGUGCAUUGAUAUUAGAGGCAAAGAUGAACAAUUCUCAGUCCAACCCAUAAGAAGGUCAUUCUCCAUGGACUCAUCAGGGGAUAGACAAUUUUAUGUAGCAGUUCAAGAAGCUUUGCAGCAGCAGCAGAAGAUGCAAGUCAAUGAAGUCAGCUCCAUUGAAGGAUGCAGUGGGAGUAGUGGUAGAGCCAAGAAAUCAUUCUUUUCCUUUGGUUAUGGAAGCAGGUCAAGAAGUUCUGUUCAACCUGUUUAUUUGGACCCCUGAAAUUUCUCUGAUUCUCACUUGUUUUUCCCUCUUUCCAUUAUGUUUGCAACUUGCAAGUUUCUCAGGUUUUUUUUUUGGUGAGAUAGAGAUUUAGAUGUAUGAAUAGGUGAUCAUAGGAUUGUAUGACACAUAGUUAUUCAAUUGGAUUUAAUUAAUGUGAAACCAUGAUUUCUCUUUUA